AUGGAAAAUUUUGCAGCAAAGCAUCAAGCACAAAGGAAACUUUCAUUUGAAUUCUGUCUUUUCUUCUCUCUCCCUGUCUCUGCUCUGCUAAUCCUGCAACUCUUUCUGACCUGUGUUCUCUCCCCUCUUUUUCUUUUCCUUGCCUCUCCCCCUCCUUUUUUCUUUUCCUCUCCCCCUCUUUUCCCUCCCCCUCCCCCUUUUUUUUCUUUUCCCUACCUCUCCCCCCUUUUUUCUUUUCCUUACCCCUCCCCUCUUUUUCUUUCUUUUCUUUUCCCCCUCCCCCUCUUUUUUCUUUUCCUUACCCUCCCCUCUUUUUUUCUUUUUUCUUUUUCUUUUUCCUUACCUCUCCCCUCUUUUUUUUUUCUUACCCCUCCCCCCUCUUUUUCUUUUCCUUACCUCUCCCCCUCUUUUUCUUUUCCUUACCUCUCCCCCUCUUUUUCUUUUCCUUACCUCUCCCCCUCUUUUUCUUUUCCUUACCUCUCCCCCCCUCUUUUUCUUUUCCUUACCUCUCCCCCUCUUUUCUUUUUCCUUACCUCUCCCCUCUUUUUCUUUUCCUUACCUCUCCCCCUUCCUAGUUCUCUAUUGUUUCAUUUCACCUCCUUCACUCUUCUUUCUUUUUCUUCUCUUUUUUCACCCUCAUCACCUUUUCCUUCUCCUACUCUCUUUCCUUAUCUUCUCAUCCUUUCUUGUACAUACAUUACAUUCUUGAAUUUGUAG